AUGUCUUCAUCCAGAUUAAGGACACUGACAAGAUGCGUCCAAUAUAGUAAACGAAUUCACAAAUAUCAAAGUUUCCCGCCACCAAAAAGAAGAUUUGUCUCAUGGAACAUCCCUCACUCGCAGGAUCAAUCUCACAAUCGAUGGACCCCACUUACAUCAUCGAUAAUAACGCCACAUGCCAUUUCCUCGACUAACGCGGAUGUGCAGCCGUUGAACGAGUCACUUGAUCCAUCACUUGAAAAUGUCGAUUCUACAAACUUUAUAAUGUCAAGUAACCAAGCUUUGUUAGAAACCAUUCACAAUCAAUUAGACAUUCCAUGGUGGCUGGUUAUAGUUCUCACGACAUUGGCUCUACGAAGUUGUUUUACCCUUCCGAUUGCAAUCUAUCAGCUAAGAAGUACGGCCCGGCUCGUGGCCAUUCAACCAUUGAUCAGUUCUUGGAGAGAAACGUUAAAGACAUUAAUUGCAAACGAUUCGCGCAUUAAAGGUUUAAGUUAUGAUGCUUACCAGGCCGUGCUCAGAAAAGAGAUUGCCAAAAAGGUGACAUCACUGUACAAAGAGCAUAGAUGCCAUCCCGUCAAAAACUUUAUCCUUCCGAUUGUGCAAAUUCCGUUAUUUUUAUGUAACGCUUUGACAUUAAGACAUAUGGCGAGAGAGCAAGCAGCAGAGCUGGGUUUUAGUACUGGUGGGGUGGCAUGGUUUACUGAUCUAUCGGUCACCGACUCUACUUUGGUUUUACCUAUUAUGAUUGGAGUCGUAGGUUUGAUCAAUGGCGAAAUAUCUUCGUUUCUCAGACCCUCAAAGGAUUCGCACCAAUCUUCAAAGUGGAGUAAAUAUUUUAUGUAUUUUUAUCGUGGAAUGUGUGUUCUGUCUGUGCCCAUCGCCGCACAAGCUCCAGCAGUAAGUAACAUGUACAGCGUCUUGUAA